AUGGCUGCGCCUACAACCAUGAAAGCCGUCCGCUUUCACGCGACAGGCGACUCUUCAGUUCUCCACCUUGAGGACAACGUCCCUGUUCCCGCACCUGCAGACGACGAAGUACUGAUCAAAUUGGACUAUGCCGGGGUCAACUUUGUUGAUACUUAUCUGCGUAGUGGGCUGUAUCCUAUCAAUCUACCAGCAGUGGGCGGGCGAGAGGGAGCCGGGACCAUUGUUGAGUUGGGUACCAAAGUCCCGAGUUCUUUUGGCCUUGAGGUGGGAGACCGUGUGGCGGUUUUUGCGCAAGGUACAUUGGCACAGUAUGUCGCUGCUCCAGCAGGGUCGGUCAUGAAACUACCAUCUUCUAUGACCACUCGAAUUGGUGCUGCAGUGAUGCUCCAAGGUCUGACAGCAUGGACUCUUGUACGGGAUGCUCACGACGUUCAAAAGGGACAGGUAAUACUGGUUCAAGCAGCGGCUGGGGGUACGGGAGGACUCUUGGUACAGAUGUGCAAGCAUUUGGGGGCGGUUGUAAUAGGAACGGUAUCAACAACGCAGAAGGCGGAGAUAGCCAAGAAACACGGCUGCGACCAUAUUAUCAUCUACAAAGAGCAAGACGUGUUGUCAGAGGUUUUACGCCUCACAGACGGCAAGGGAUGUCAUGCCGUCCUAAGUGGCAUUGGCAAGUCCACCUUUGCAGCUGAUCUUGCGGCAACACGAAGAAAAGGCACUCUUGUUUCUUAUGGAAAUAGCAGCGGACCGGUGGUGGACUUCAAGAUCCUGGAACUAAGUAAGAACAACGUCAAGCUUGUUCGUCCAACGUUGGCGAAGUAUAUCUACGAAAGAGACGAGUUCGUUGAAAGAACACAGCAGUUACUCGACUUGGUUGGCAAGAAUAUCAUCUCGGUUCCUAUAGGGGCUGAAUACACGCUCGACAAAGCUGGUCAAGCCCAGGAUGACUUGACAGGACAAAAGACAACAGGCAAGUUGAUUAUAAAGAUAGAUCAAUAA